CGAGAUGAGAAGAUAGAAUCAUUUAAUGACGUGUAGCGAUAUGUUUGAAAUAAUCAAAGUUAGUUCACACGAAUUGGGCGCAGAGUCUUUUAAUUUCUUUUAGGAUCAACCGAGAGAACGAUACCAAUGAUUUUACGAAGCGUUUUGAAGUCAUUUUUCGUUCUAUGUUUCACAAUCAAAGUGUUGACGAAUGUCAAAGCAAACGUAUGCGUUAACGUACCACGAAGCUGCGCUGCGUUAUUAAACGUCAGCAACAAUACCACCACAACUGGUGAUAACAGAACAUUGGAAAUUAUUAAUUCUACAAUAAAAGCCGUGGAGGAACUGACGACCAACUACGAAUGUAUUUCAGCCGUACGAUAUUCGAUGUGUUUGUUUGCCGUGAAGCCAUGCAACAAUACCCAUCUGAAUUCCACAACAUUGAAUCAUAAAGAGGAACAACAGUGCAUGGCAAUUCAAAGUAGUUGUCCUAAAGUAGUUGAAAAAGUGUAUGGUAGCAUGUUUUGUUCGCAAAUCGACGGCUUUUCUGAUGUAGCUGUAGCUGCGUGUGUCACACUAAAUGUUUCGGCCAAUGCUUAUUGUCCAAAUAAUAUGACGCUUAGGAUUGCAGCGGCAAACAUCACGGAGUUUCUUCACAAAUCAAUUUCUGCAAAAGAGAAACUGGAAGCCAACUCGAUCGGGAACAUGACGGUUGAAUGUUUGGAUAAGAACAAAGAAUUGCAAUGCGCUGGAUUUGUACCAUCUUGCUCAGAGCAUAACGUGACAAGAGAAUCAUGCAAAAAUACGUUGUCGUGUUCAUUGUCUAACUCAUUGUUCAAUAAGACAGAAAUCUGCAACAAAUUUCAGCCAACUCCUCUAUCAGUGUCAGCCACAACAUUGGCUGCAACAAUCUUCAUCACCCGCACAGCACAAAUAGUCACGACAUCUUCAACAAUAAAAAUUCUUCCCUCUUCAGCAAUGCCAAUUUUUGAUUCCUCAAGUUCGCAAAAGCUCACAAUUCCGUACGAUUUAGCAUCUGGGUUCAAUGCAACGGUGAUGCUGAGGUUGAACUUAAAUGAAACGUUCAACACAAACUACACCGUUAAAACAAGCUCAGAUUAUAUCGAAUUAGCGAAGAAUGUUCGAGAAAGUCUUAUAGUGGCUUACCGGGAACUACCGGGUUUCCAUGACGUGAUCAUAGAAGAUUUAGCAUGCAAGAGGGAAGUCGUUGCAAAGCACGUGGUACUGUCUCGUGAGAAGAACAAUGCAAAUGUCAUAGAAGCGUAUCUAAUUUUGUCGAAUUUAACCAAUGGAUUUCUCAAAGGAAAAGUAGUUGAUGUCAACAAAGUUUGUCUCGCAAGUACGAGUUCGACACGUGUAGUAGACGAAGACAAUUACGUUUAUAUGAUUGUGUUUGUAUGCGUCACAGCACUACUUUUAUUGGCUAUGGUUCUAUGCCACAAAAGCAAGUAAUACCUUUUUGAAGCAACGUCCUACCUAAUGUAACAUAUUUUGAAUACAUACCAUUGGAAAGAGAACUAUUUUUUAAAAUUAAACGUUUAGUAUUGUAUACUUACUUUAUAUAAACGGAAUGGGAAACAUUGAAAUCAUGCAGAAGUACAAAAAUCAAAAAAUCACGAAAACAUAAAAUUACGACGAGCACGAAGAUUAGAAAACUCAAGGAAAAUAAAAAAGUGCCAGCUAAAGCUCAAAAAUCCUCUAUUGAUCUUGUUCACGUUCUAGGAGUAAUUUACCCAGUUGCAACUGUCUUAAUCCUAAUCAAUAACUUCUUGUAAAAUCAAUGAUUUCUCGGAAUUGUGAAAAAACUGAAUGUAUUGUUUCAGAAAAUAAUGGAUAGCAAUUAUAAAUCUGACUAUAGUUUCAA